AUGGAUAAAUUUUUUAUUAAGCAACCACGUUUUAGUAGCGGUCCAUCUGUUAGUUCACAUGUAGCUCUAGAAGCUCGAGGAGAGACAAUUACACCUUCUUGUUCAAAUGUUGAUUGUAUUCUUGGGGUUGAAUUUCUCAAACGGGAUCCCGGAGAAAGAAAACCCAUCUUUGAGUAUGAUUCUAAUAUUCGAGAUGUUGUGAAGAGACAUUAUAUUUUGAUGGGGCCUUAUCAACCAAAACUUCGUGUAUAUCCUAAAACAACAUUUGGAACUAGGAAUCAACAAUUUAAUCAUGAGUGGUUUAAUGCUCCAAAUUCUGCUUGGUUGGAAUAUAGCAUAGGUGAUGAUGCUAUAUUUUGUUUGUGUUGUUAUUUCUUCAAGAAUGAAUUUGAAAGUCAUGGUAAUGCAGGAUCAUUUACACAAGAUGGCUUUAAGAAUUGGAACCAUGGUCCAGAAAGAAUUCGAUUGCAUGUUGGUGAGGUGAAUAGUAUUCAUAACAAAUGUUUGAAUAUGAUGCUUGAUUUUGCGAGUCAACGUCAAUCAAUUCAAUCUUCUCUUCACAAGCGAAGUGAAAAAACAAAAAGUGAUUAUUGA